GCUCCUGUUCCAGCUCCAGCUCCUGCUCCGGCUCCUGUUCCAGCUGCUGCUCCGGCUCCAGCUCCUGCUCCUGUUCCAGCUCCAGCUCCUGUUCCGGCCCCCCGCAUCCUGUCUGCUCCUGUUCCGGCCCCCCGCAUCCUGUCUGCUCCUGUUCCGGCCCCCCGCAUCCUGUCUGCUCCUGUUCCGGCCCCCCGCAUCCUGUCUGCUCCUGUUCCGGCCCCCCGCAUCCUGUCUGCUCCUGUUCCGGCCCCCCGCAUCCUGUCUGCUCCUGUUCCGGCCCCCCGCAUCCGGUCUGCCCCUGUUCCGGCCCCCCGCAUCCGGUCUGCCCCUGUUCCGGCCCCCCGCAUCCGGUCUGCCCCUGUUCCGGCCCCCCGCAUUCGGUCUGCCCCUGUUCCGGCCCCCCGCAUCCGGUCUGCCCCUGUUCCGGCCCCCCGCAUCCGGUCUGCCCCGACUCCGGUUCCUGAGGUGAUGUGCGCUGCUCACGCCACAGACACCAUAGCAUCCUCUCACCAUCAGACGUGUGAGCUUUUGAACGGCUCAUAA